AGGAGGGGAGAGGAAACGGAGCGACGGAGAUGGCGAGCAUCAACAUGGGGCCGAGACCGCUGCUGCUUCUGGGGCUCGCGUGGCUCCUUCUGGCCGUCUUAGCGCCUAAUGUCCGGUGUCUAAACGGCGACGAGGACCAGAGCCAGGACACCGAGUGCAAGAUGAAGAGCGUCACCGUGUCGGCGCUGCCGUUUUUGAGGGAAAACGACCUGAGCAUCAUGCACAGUCCGUCGGCCUCCGAGCCCAAGCUGCUGUUCUCCGUUAGAAACGAUUUUCCCGGAGACGUCGUGGUGGUGGACGACCUGGAGAACACCGAGCUCCCCUUUUUCGUCUUAGAGAUCUCUGGGAAUUCAGAGGACAUCCCUCUGGUGCGCUGGAGGCAGCAGUGGCUGGAGAAUGGCACUCUGCUCUUUCACAUCCAUCACCAGGAUGGUAGCCUGAACCUGCCUGAGCCGACCGAAGACCCGGCCAACGAUUCUGCGAAAGAGGAGCUCCGCAUCCUGCACAUCUCUGUCAUGGGCGGGAUGAUCGCCCUUCUGCUGUCCAUCCUGUGCCUGGUACUGAUCCUCUACACCCGCAGGCGCUGGUGUAAACGUCGUCGUAUCCCUCAGCCCCAAAAGAGCGCCAGCGCCGAGGCAGCUAAUGAGAUCCACUACAUCCCCUCAGUGCUAAUGGGAGGCCAGGCUCGGGAGAGCUUGAGGAACUCCAGGGGUCAGGGGCCAAACUCCAGCGGUACCCUCAGCAUCCGGGAGACACCGAUUUUGGAUGGGUAUGAGUACGACAUUACCGACCUGCGUCACCAUCUGCAGCGGGAGUGUAUGAAUGGUGGCGAGGAGUUUGCCAGCCAAGUCACCCGUACCCUGGACUCCCUCCAGGGCUGUAAUGACAAGAAUAAUAUGGACCUCACACCUGUGAGUGACAACACCAAGCUGGCCCUAAUGAACAAAUACAAGGACAACAUCAUUGCCACGAGUCCCAUUGACAGCAACCACCAGCAGAACACCCUGCUGCCACACAAUACCUCCACCAGCCAACGCAAACGUCUCUCCAGCAACACCCGUGCGGGUUCAACUUUCUUGAACCCAGACGGUGACUCUGGAACGGAGGCAGACAGCGAGCCUCAGCUGGCCUUUUACACCGAUCCAAACCGCAGUCGCCGGCGGAGUCGAGGUAUGAGAAAUGGUAACGCCAACAGCGCGUGGGGCUCAGGGGCAGCAGGUUCCCCGCGGAGCCCCAUCAAUAAGACCACCCUGACUCUGAUCAGUGUCAUCAGCUGCGUGAUCGGCCUGGUUUACUCCUCUCAUAUGUCCUGCAGCCUCUCAGUCCGGGUAAUCCUACAUGUGCCGGAGCACCUCAUUGCUGACGGUUCAAGGUUUAUUUUGCUGCAGGGGAGCCAGUUGGAUGCCUCAGACUGGCUGAACCCAGCCCAGAUCUUGUUGUACUACCAGCAGAAUGCCAGCGGGCCCUGGGUUAGCGAGCUGUGUGGACGACGCCUCCUGGAUCCCUGCGAGCACCAGUGUGACCCGGAGACAGGAGAAUGCCUCUGCCUCGACGGCUACAUGAAGGACCCGGUCCACAAGCACCUCUGCAUCCGCAGCGAGUGGGGGCCCAAUCAGGGUCCCUGGCCUUACACCAUCUUCCAGCGCGGUUUUGAUCUUGUGAUGGGAGAGCAGCCCUCUGAUCGCAUUUUCAGAUUUACGUACACUUUAGGAGAAGGAAUGUGGCUGCCGUUAAGUAAAAGCUUUGUCAUCCCCCCUGCCGAGCUCGCCAUCAACCCCUCAGCCAAGUGCAAGACGGACAUGACAGUCAUGGAGGACGCGGUGGACGUACGAGAGGAGUUGAUGAUCAGUUCGUCCUUUGACUCCCUGGAGGUUCUCCUGGACUCGUUUGGGCCUGUCAGAGACUGCACCAAAGACAACGGAGGUUGCAGCCGCAACUUCCGCUGCAUAUCUGACCGGAAGUUGGACUCCACUGGAUGUGUGUGCCCUCCAGGGUUGAGUCCUAUGAAGGAUGGGACCGGGUGCUACGACCACCACAUCGGCAUCGACUGCUCUGAUGGUUUCAAUGGAGGAUGUGAGCAGCUGUGUCUCCAGCAGCUGGCUCCUCUAGAGGAUGACCCAACACUCUACAACAUCCAGAUGUUUUGUGGGUGCAUCGAGGACUACAAGCGCGGUCCAGAUGGGAGGUCAUGCCUGCCGCUGUCUGAGGCCUGCACCGAGGGAAUAGACUGUGGGGAGGCAGCGGACAUCCCUGCUAACCAGACUGUGUUCGGAGACCUUUUCUACGGAUACAACAACCACACCAAAGAGAGCGCCUCCGGACAGAUCCUCAAGGCCACGUUCAGGCAGAAGAACUUUGCCCGAGGCAUUGAGCAGCAGCUCCCAGAUGGCAUGGUGGUUGCAUCAGUGCCAACGGAGGUCCAGUGCCACGAGGAGCUGUCGGACCCUGUUCCCGACCCAGAAUACCUCACAGGUAUGGUGAACUACAGCGAGGUGUCUGGUUACCCCCUCGUUCAACACUGGAGUCUUCGUUCUGUGCUGUACCACGUCAAACUCAAUCAGUGGGUCCUCUCUCAAGCCUUCAGCUCGGCCAUCCAUUCUCUGGACGGGGCAACGCAGCGGAGCGACUUUGUCUCCAUCCUCAGGGAGUUUGGGAAUCACUAUGUGCAGGAGGCGGUGUACGGCUUCCAGGAGUCCUGUACCAUCUGGUACCCCAACAAACAGGUCCAGAGACAGCUGUGGCUGGAGUACCAAGACAUCAGCAAAGGUAACUCACCUUCAGAGGAGUCCGAGGAGCGCGACAAGGAACCGAGGACGCUGACCUACCCUGCGUACAUCGCCAGUCUGCUGGACACAGGUGCAAAGCGCAUGGCGGCCGGCGUUCGCAUGGACUGCAACAGCCAAGGCCAGUGUCCACGCUCCUGUCACCUCUGCCACAUGAGCCCGAGGGUGGUGCAAGGGAGGCAGCAGUCCGAGCCUGUCCUGCUGCAGAUCACCAAGGCCGCGCCCAUCUAUGAACUGGUGUCCAACAACGAGACCUACCAGGCUCUUCAGGAGGCGAUGAUGAGCAUGCUGUGGUGUUCGGGGAAAGGUGAUGUAAUCGAUGACUGGUGUCGGUGUGAUUCCAGCGCUUUUGGCACAGACGGACUGCCCACCUGCGCCCCACUUCCCCAACCUAUGCUGAAACUGUCUUACACCUACGAGCCCAGCAGCUCAUUGGUCAUCAUGGAGUGGAACCACACGGAGCCACCAAUCGGCGUGCGGAUCGUCGAUUACCUCAUUAGCCAGGAGAAGGUGACAGAGAGGACCGACCACUCCAAAGUUGAGACAGAAACCCUUUUGAGCUUUGUGGAUGAUAUCCUGUCUGGGGCCAGGUCUCCAUGUGUGAUGCUAGGGGAUAUCCCCAACCUCCUGUCCUCCUCCAUCAGCAUGAUCAUUCGUUGCCUGGAGCCUGACACCACAUACAUGUUCCGGCUGUGGGCAGUGGACAACACAGGGCGGCGUUCCAGUCCAAGUGAGGUCACAAUCAAAACUCCGUGUCCAACUGUGGAUGACGUCAAAGCACAAGAAAUAGCCGAUAAAAUCUACAACCUGUUCAAUGGUUACACCAGUGGGAAGGAGCAGCAGACGGCCUACAACACUCUGAUGGACCUGGGUGCUCCCACGCUCCACCGCGUGCUCUACCACUACAACCAGCGCUACGAGAGCUUUGGAGAAUUCACCUGGAGGUGUGAGGACGAGCUGGGACCCAGGAAGGCCGGCCUCAUCCUCUCCCAGCUGGAUGAACUCUCCCCGUGGUGUAAGGGUCUGCUUCAGGAGCCGAAGAUCGGCCUCCGCAGGAUGUCCCUCAAGUUCCUCUCCUGCCGUUACACUGACACCAAGGCCUUUGGGCUGAACUGGUCGGACAUGGGCCAGGACGUGCAUAAGGCCUGUGACGAGCAGACGCUCACUGUCAUGUACAAUGACUAUGGCGAGCCCAAGGAGCUGUAAAAUGAUUGAAGGUUUGGAUGUGCACAGGAAUACGGGAGAUUUGUCAAGCCCAACAAAGAAACAAAUAAAAUGCUGGUUUCACAUUUGUUUCCAUAAGCUAUAAAUGAAACGCCAUAUACUCUCAUUGGCUUCACCAUAUUAACGGUUAAUAUAUUUAAAAGUCUCAUCAGAGUUUCCAGGUAGGAGAUGAUCUCUGAAGCCUGAUAAUCAUCCAAUAAAGUGGGACUUUGUUGAUUCGUACCUCCUUCUGAAGUCCAUUCCUCCCUUGCAAUGAUUAGUAGAAAGUAACGCAAACUUAACACAUUCUGCAGAUGCUUCACAGUAAAAGCCCUCCUUGUUUCUUUGCCUUUAAUCAGCUGUUAUUUGUUCUUUUUGAUUGCUGUAUCACUGCAUAAUAAAUAUACAUAUUUUCUUUACUAUACAUCAAAAUCCUAUAGAUGAAGUAUGUAAUGAAAGUGAAGCUUAAGUAAAGCGUUAGUAGUCAGAGGGUUGGCCGUUCAAUGCCCAGCUCCUUCAGUCAACAUGUUAAGUGUCCUUGCAGAGAACACUGAAUCCCGAGCUGCUUCUGAUGGUCAGGCCAGGACCAUGCAUGGUCGCCCACCGCCAUCAGUGUGUGAGUGUUUGUGUCCAUUAGUGAAUGAGAAGCAAAUUGUAAAGUGCUUCAGUUGAAAUUUAAAUGCAGCCAAUUACUGUGAAGCAGCUGCAGGCACAAGACAAAAGUGUUUACUUAGCCACCAAGGCGAACUUUUUGUUAAUAAAGGUAUGUGUUUAAAUUUGAAAUGUUUUUAGUGUAGAAGUAUUGCAAGGUAGGAAUGGACAGACCUAAAAAGCAUAAAACACCAAAAAAGAUCAGAAAUCUUCUCGAAAAUUGAAGCAUCCUUUUACAGCACACCAUGCCAACUUUCCCCAUUUUUUUUUUUUUUUUUUCAUUGUAGAAUGGCAUGAAAAAUUCCAUCUCUAAAUGAAAUGUAAUGUAAUUAGGGUAAAAGUAAAAGUAUUUACAUUUUGUAUUCAGUCAUGACAUUAAAUGCAACUAUCUUAGUUAAACAAAUAGCUUAAAGGAACGUAAAGGAACCAAACAAAGACCAUGCAUUUUAUUUCACUUUAUUUCUUUGUUGGACUUUAUUUUCAGUCAAAUAAUAACAGGUCAAAUCUGGGAUAUGAAGGGUUACACAUCAGCUCCUUUGUGCCUGUUUAAAUCCAAACUUAGUCAUAUCUUUGGAAAUUUGGGGAAAAAUGACAAAAGGCAACUCGUGAUGUCAAACAAGUGGCCAAACUGAUAGUGAUUGUGACUUUUUAGGCAGCCAUCAUCCAUCCCACAGCCUGGAUAGAGCUUGUUGCUUCUUUGACCUGACUCCAGACCCAAAGUCAACACUUUGUUCUCGUAAAGUUUACAUGAAAGAUGGAUCCAGGAGUUUCUGUGUUUUGUAAAGAUUUAACAUUCAUUGAAGCUUCAGUUUCACUGAUACAUUCCAACCAUCGGUAAAUAUUUUACAGCUUCUGAUGCUUGUUGUAUGCAUUCAUUACAAACAACUGCAACACACCCAGCAGGUGAACACUUCAUGGGCUAAAACGUCAUGUAUCUCUUUCAGCUGUGAUUUGGUAUUGGCUGCUGUAUUGUGCGGAGUUGCUUAAACCGUUUAUGAACUAUCACUUCUCUUUUUACAUAUUUUGAAUGAAGUCGUCAGCCUCAUGAACUAAUACGUACAAACCUGGUUUUGUUUGUUGUUAUUCAAACAACUUAAAAGGUCAAUGCAGUGCAACAUAUUUAAGGAAAAUGUCAUGUAGCGACGCUGGGAAAAAAGCCAGUAUUUUACUACUCAGUUCAAAUGUUAUCAGCCCAUCAAAUAGCUGUUAUCAAAUGUCAUCUGGAGCAUAAAUUUGAGGUAGUUUGGCCCCACUCUGCCUCCUAUAUUCAGGUUUAUUGUUAAGCAGCGACCUCUGGUGGCUGUCGGAAUUAUGACUGGAGCAAAGGAGGAAGUCAGGUGACGUAGCAUAAAGAGCGAUUAUGUCCACAUAGGGAGGUGGUUGGGGUUGAUGGAUCGGUCAAACAAACACGGGACAUUGACCCAGGAGACCACUGUUCAUGUCCCGUGUGAAACCAAAAGUCAACAUUGACUUAUUUUAACUAACGUACAUCAGUUAUGUAACAUACUUAACUUACAUACGUAACUCAAGUUUUGUUACAAACGUCAACCACCAAACCAUGAUCCUUUCCCAAACCUAAUCAAGGCAACCUGGUCUCGCAGAAAUGCAUAAAAUGGCCUCUUAAUACCACAUUGCAUUGUGGUGAUACGUAAUGUAUCACGAAAGUUUGCAUAGCGUGAAGUCCAGAGUGGCAGAUGGGUCAAACAAACCUAGAACCUUCAUCCAGGAGACUGCUGUUUGUGUCCUGUGUGAAACAAAAAGUCAGUGUUGACUUCUUUUUUACUUUUGACUUUAUGUACUUAAUCCUUUAUGUAGUUACUUGACGUAGUUACGCGACUUUACAAUUUAGUAUAGAACUGUAUGUGACUAAUGUAGUUAUUUUAAUGGGAAACAGUUUUUUUUUUUCUAAAAGCCUAAGCCUAACCAUGCUACUACCAUGUAAUGCAGUGUAAAGAAGUGGUGGUUAUUUCACAUAUUUUUAUGAGACCAGUUGAACCAAGGUUAUGCACCUUUGCACCAUCUGGGGAACUGGUACAUGCGGUUUGCCUUUUAACAACUGAUAACGGCCAUUUCAUGGGUUGAUAACAUUGGGAACAGGUGCAUUUUAGUUAUCCAUGUUUCUAUGAGAGAGUUGAGGUAGCAUUUAAGAAGUCAAAGAGAUUUUACAGGAAAGAUAGAAGACAAAUAAGAGAGGAUGUCUCCUGGGAGUUAUUUUAGUAGUAUAGACAUUCAAAACAAACUUGUACAUAGCAUUAUCAUAAAGUUUUAGCGAUAUAACCUGCUGAAUGUAGUAUCAAUAGUUUGCAUUUAUAAGUAAAGCUGUUAUAAAGGAGUUUUACUAAAACAGGCAUCACAGAGGAAGUACACAGAUCAGCUCAUUUUAUUUACAUUUUCUGUAAAGCUGCCAAACCAUUUGACAGUAUUUUCCUUUAUCAAUUUAACAUAUUUCAAAAUCUAACCAACGCUGUUUAAAGUGAUAAUUCGGUAUUGAAAAGGCAAAUUAACAGUGUCUUAAUGUUUUCAACUGCUUCUCUGUAUGUUUAAACUUCAUGCAAUAACGUCUUUAGAGAGAUUUAUCAGACAUUCUCAUUAAUACCGUGUGUUUAUUGUGAGUAUAUUUCUACUUUAGUUUGGCCUCUAUUUGUUCUGUUAUCAUUUUCUCAUUGUGCAGUGGCCAUGUUGGAGAUUGAUGUCAAAGAAAUGCAAAUGUAUAUUAGUUGUUGAUUUUUAACAAAUCUCAUAUGUGAAUACUAAAACGAACACUUGUAGAUUUUUGUAUAGGCGGCAAAGUAUUUCAUAAAUGCAUCACAUUAUAGCACAGUACAGUGUUUUUCUUCUGUAUAUACAUGUACAACAGGUGAUAUUUUACAACAUUGCCAUGUGCUUUAGUAGAUACAAUAUUGUAUUGUUAUAUCUGCUGUGUAGCUUAGUCUAGCGAUUGGAUUAAUGAAACUGGAUUAGACCUUUGUCAUGAACUGUAAGUGACUGGUUGGUUAAAAAACUAUAUAUACAAAAAUGGUAAAAUGCCAAACUAAUUGAAAAAGGCAACAACAUGGAGAGCUCUUGACCUUUGAGAGAAAUGUGAACCAACCAUCUACUAUCUGCAUGAUAUUAUUCUGUCUAUACUGUCUGUGGCUAUCAUACACUUAACUUUUUCACUUUGAUCUUUGCUACUUCAAAGAACAAUAAAGAA